GAAGCCACGUGGUUCAUCUUUCUACAGACACAUGCAGCAGCUGGAAGGACUUCCCGUUACUCUUGUGUAGUUUUAAUUGUAGUAUAAAGCGAUCUGCUUCAUUAAAACCAUGUCAGGCAAGUCGGAGUUGAAAAUCAACUCCGGGUUCGCUCAGAAGUAUGAUAAAUACCGACAGAGAGAGGAGCUGCAGAGACUGAAGGACCGAUAUGGAGACCGAGCAGAUGAUGAGAGCGACUCUGAGUCGUCCAGCUCUGGAGACAGUGAACUGGAACUGGACCCUGAAGUUGAGAGGGAUUUCUACAGAACAUUGUCGCUGCUGAAGAAGAGAGACCCCAAGAUCUACCAGACAGAUGUGAAGUUCUACUCAGAAGAAGCAUCCACCAGCGAUGAGAAGCCUUCAACCUCGAAGAAAGCAGUAAAGCCCAUGUAUCUCAAGGACUAUGAACGUAAAGUCAUACUGGAAAAGGAGGGCAAAUAUGAGGAUGAUGACGACAGUGAUGAUGAGGAGGCCGCCAAGAGAAUGGAGGAGAGAGCUGCCUCUCCGAGCUACAUUCAGGAGCAGCGGGAGCUGAAAGACAGCUUCCGUAAGUUCAUCCAAGACAGCGACGACGACGAAGCCGGCGAGGGAGACGGACCAUCUGAGUUUCUGACCAAGAGGAUCAAAACACAGGAUGAGAAGGAUAAAGAAGAGGAAGACUUUGUGGAGUGGCUGAAGGGCCAGGCUGACCUCGAUGGUCCGGAGGAGGUGAAGGACAUGAAAUACUUAAGGGACUACUGGAAUGACCCAGAGCUGGAUGAGAAGGAGCGUUUCCUGAGAGACUACUUCCUCAACAAAGGCUACCUGGACGAUGACGACAAAGAUGAUGAACGGAUCCCAACCUACGACGAGGUGCUCCAGGACGAUGUGGAGGACUCUGAAGAGGAAGGGGAGACCUUCUUGGAGAAGCAGGAGGACUUUGAAAGAAGCUACAACUUCCGCUUCGAAGAGCCCGACGCUCAGCGGAUCAAGACCUACCCCCGCAGCAUCGCCACCUCCGUGCGCUCCAAAGACGACCGCAGGAAACUUAAAAGGGACGAAGUGAAAGAAAGGAAGGACAAGGAGAAAGAGCAGAAGCGGGAGCAGCUGAAGCAGCUGAAGAACUUGAAGCGAAACGAGAUUAUGGAGAAGCUGAAGAAGCUUCAGGAGCUGACCGGCAACGAGCAGCUGGCCUUCAGUCAGACUGACCUGGAGGGAGAGUUCAAUCCACAGCAGCACGACCAGCUCAUGCAGAAAUUCUUUGGAGCUGAAUACUACGGAGGAGAAGAAGAGGAGAAGCCUCAGUUUGAUGACGAUGAUGAACUUGAGGAGCACUGGAACUGGGACACAUGGACAGGAGAGGCUCGAGAGGAGGACUGCGGUGAAGAGGAGUGGGAUGGAGAGGAGAAUGAUGCCUCUGGGCCCCACUGCGAAGAUGAGAACUUCAUUAUGGAUGCAGACUAUGACCCCAACCAGCAGACCGCCUCCAAGAAGAAGAAGAAAAAGGAGAGGAAGAAGAUGAAGAAAGAGGACUUGCCACAAAUGGGCAAAAAGAGAAAAAAGUCCCACUUCGCAGAAGUCAUCACCAAAAACAAGCCUGUGUUUGACCCAAAGGAGAAGAGCUUUGAGCAGUACUUAGACGAGUACUAUAAACUGGACUAUGAGGACAUCAUAGACGACCUCCCAUGCAGGUUCCGCUACAGGCAGGUUCUGGCCAACGACUUCGGUCUCUCCACUGAUGAGAUUUUAACUGCUGAUGAUAAGGAGCUGAACAGCUGGUGCUCUCUGAAGAAGACAUGCAUGUUCAGGUCUGACAAGGAAGAGAUGAGUGAUUUGAAGAACUAUAUAAUCAAGGCCCAGAAUGAGAAGAGGAAGAAAGAGAUCCUGAGCUCCAUGUAUUCUGAGGAAGCUAAGGAGCUGGCAGAUGCAAAGACCAAGGUGGGGAAGAAGCGAAGAGAUCAUCUGAAGGACGCUGAGAAGCAAGACGAGGCAGCAGAGGAUGGUGACGUCGCCAUCAUGGACUCUACAGAAGAGACACUCUCAGCUCUCAGAGAGGAGGAGGAGGAAGAAGAGGAGGAAGAAGAGGUUCUGAUACCCAAGAAAAAGAUGAAACGGGAAGAGGAGCCCCAGACGGUGGUUACUGCCGAGAAAGCGGCAGAUAAACCCAGCGAGGUGAAAAACAGGACUGACAGGCCAAUAUGGUCCAAGAAGAAGCACAAGCAGACCGGUGGACGCCUCAUAUCAGGAAGCUACGGGGUGAAAAUAGGCGGCCGGGAGUUCAGCAGACAGAGACUGAAGGCAUACGGUCUGAACCCCAAGAGACUGUUCUUCAGACAGCUCGGCAGACAGAGACGGAAAGAACAGGAGAAGAUGGAGAAGCAGAAAAACAAGAAGUGAGCCAUCAUCUCCGAGAUACCUGUCGACAGCACAAUCCACUGAUUUUUAUGAUCUAAGAAUUAAACACAUUAUGAAAAACUGGUUUAUAUUUUUUGAUUUGAAAAAAUGUUUAAAUGCUGACUACAAAUUUUGGAUUUUUAAUUUGUUUAUACUUAGUUGAGUAUACAUUUUUCUUGCUACAUUCAUAUUGUGCUUAGAUUUCAAAAUUUGUUCUAGUGAUAAAACAGAAAUAAAAAUGAAUGAAUUAAAAUGAAUUGUAAAAGUGUAUAAGGACUUAGAACAUUAUGAUGAAGUAUAUGAUGGUCAUUCCCAUGUUCUAUUAUGUCUCAUAAGUUGUUGCAGCAAUUUUUGGGUUGAUACCAUUUGUUAACAGAGAUUUGGCGCCAAAUUUAACCAUUUUUUUACCACUCGAGAAUGGCAAUAACCCCUCCAAAAUACCACAUGAAGACAUCAAGACUUUGAGGAACUCCAUAGAAAAAGUCAUGCUUGUACAAAGUAUUUCCUUUUGUUAUUGUAAUAUAUCUUAUUCUUUUAAUGGAGCUUUCCAGCAAAAAGUAUUUCACACGAUUGUACUUGUAUAACCAGCGUGAUAAUAAACAACUAAAAUCUUGAAAA